UUGGCAUUUCAAGGAUUUGAUGCAUUGCGUUACAUGCACAACCACGACAUCUUACAUCUGGACAUAAAGCCUCAAAAUAUCUGCAUCACUGAAGAGCCACGGACACUAAAGAUCACCGACUUUGGCUCCAGCAAGACACCACAGGAGCCAGUUUCGUGUGUAGGCUGGACAUCAGAAUACAUGAGCCCUGAAGCUUGCAAGAUAGCCAUCAUAGACAAGUUUCCACACUUGAAAGGCCUUGUUCAUAUUAACCUGUCUGGAAAAUCUGACAACUUUGCCUUUGCCCUCACAGUGGCGUAUAUGUUGUGUGGUCGACACAUUGUUCAGGAUAUCAUUUUGAAAUAUUUGAUGAAAAAAGAAGACCAGAAAAAUGCUGCAAAAUAUACCGAUGUGCGAAUCCAAAUCCUUCUUUAUAAUUUUUACGAUGUAAACUUCAUCAAGAAUAGGGCCAUUGACGACUCCUGGCCUGAUUACAUAAAGGUCUUCAUGAAAAAUGUGUUGGAGGGUGAUGCUCAAAGUCGCUGGUCAUCCACUGAAGGACGUGAUUUUUUCAGAGAUAAAAUGAAGCAGGAAGUGCCGAAUAUCCUUGACCAGGUUUCAACUGGAUUCCCUAGUGGUUCUUCCAGCGGUGGUGGUAACAUUCCAUUUUUCAGUCGGAUCAAGCAAAAUGGUGAAGAAAGAUUGAGGAUGAAGCUCAAACAGAGCAGGAGGUCCCAGCCAUACACGAUUACAGAGAGACGAGGACCACCACAAGGUUACGGUCAAGCUCCAUUGCCCGAUUUUAAUGUGCUCUUGCAAUAAGAGACAUUUUGACAACCAAAAAAACUCUUUAAUAAAAAUUAGUCUGUCAUUGCAGAUCAGCUGCAAUUUAUGUUCAUAGUGCUAAUGUUUGUGUAGUGCUUUGUGUGUUCUUAACAAUUUAAAUUUUUAUCAUUUAGAAUAUAUCCAGUGUUGGUAAAAUGAUACAUAUAGAAGGAAAAUAUUAAAAAUUAGCUUGUAAUAGCUUGUAAUUUCAUUAAUGGUGAUAUAGAAGGGUUUUGUUUUGUAUUCAAGGUUACAUAUUGCAGGAUUCAUUUAAAGCUACUGGCCCUAGUUAAUACAUGUUCGGCUAUUUCAGCUUUUUACUUAAAACAUUUUGCUUAAAUUAUCCAUUUUGGCAAAUUUGUUGUGUUUUUGCUUCAGGAGUUUGUAGUAAUUCAAACUGCAUCUUAUAUACAACAGAAAAUUUAUGUACUUUCGGUAAUGACUCCAUUUAGUAUCAUUUUACUAUCAUUGACAGGGAACAUUUUGUUUUCAAAAUCUUGGUUAGCUUUCUAUCAGCUGAAAAUUAAUUAGCAGCUACUGUUUAAUGUUUUAAAUUUGUUUAGUAAUCUCUAAAACUUGCAUAUCAAAUUGCCAUGCGAUACAGAACAAAAUGUUCCCCAACUUGUACAUGUUUUUUAUGUCAUUAACAUUUUGUUUGUUUUAUAGUAUUGUCCGAUUGUGGUAUGGGGUCUCUAAAUAAAUGUGGUGUGGUCAGUAUAACCUCUCCCUCAGAACCACUACCUGUAAACAUUUCCCCUCUAGGCUAUCUGUUGUAAUGGUGUUACUCGUUAUUUUAUUGCUUAUUAAGACAGUUUGUGUCAUCAAGGAUGAUAUCCAGUUUUUACCAUGAGCAAAAUCAAGGCAGGCUGAAGAUCACUCUCCUUCAAUGAAUCUUAUUGUAAGGCGAUCAAUUUGCAGGCGAGUAUGGAGGAGAGUGGGAGUGGUCACUCACGUUUCCUGGCGAAGACUGAUAUCUGUAAAGUUCAAGAUAAGACGCACCAACCUUUUCUUUCACAUAACAAGAAAAUACAACUUGAAAUGUUAGUUACAGCUAAAUUUGGAAGAGGCAAUUAAUGUUCCAGUAAAAACAAUUGGCAUCGCUUGUAUCUGAAAAUAUUGAAAUUAUAAUGGUAAUAAUUAAAUUUGAAAUGUUGAUCUUGGCAGUUGAGUUUGAGCACUGAAUGAAGUAACAGAUGGGAUAGCUCAAUUGGUUGAGAGCAUUGGCUUUCUAUGUGAAAGAUUUUGGUUCAGAUCCAGAGCCCAUCAUCAUAAGAUGGUGUUCACUCAGAUCACUGUUGAUCAAGAAGACUUAGUACUGUCUGUGUAUCCUAGUGAGUCUGUGUCUGAUCGUUAUUAAUUUCAAUCAUUGUUAGUUUUUUAACUGGUAUUUUUAUGAUGCCGUUUUAAAACAAAUGUUUAGCAAUGUAAAUUUGAAUGUUUGACUUUGGUAUGUUUAGCAAUGUAAAUUUGAAUGUUUUACAUGGGUACAUAGGUAUUAAUGUCAGUUAAUCAGGGCUACCUCUAGGUUAUUAGAACAUUUUGCCAAAUUAUCUAUUAAACUUAACAAAUGGCAAAAAGUGUGUUACUUUGUAGAAAAUUAUCAAUAAUUAUAUGAAUUUAUUUUGCCAAAUUAUUAAUAAAUAUCAGUUGAUGAGUUUGGCAAAUGGCAAAGUUAGUCCUUAGGUUUUUUUGUCUAUUUUAAAUGGACUCACUUCAACUGAGUUCCAAUGAGCAUUGACAGUAUUUUCCAUAACUAGGUCACUAUGACCUACUUUUGAUAGGAAUAUCAUGUACCUCAUUAGUACUCGUUUUGAAAAUGCAGUUAAAUAAUUUUUCUUUAAUAUUUAAAGCAUAUCCUUUAAAUAAAUUGACAGCAGCUUUAAAGGUACUUGUUCCCCUGUAAACUGGUCAUACAAAAGUGUGCACAUCAUUUUUUUUCGGUUCAUAUAUGCACCAAAAAAUAAUUGUGGUCAAAUCUUAUAAUUAAAUGUAUAUGCAUACUUUAACAAUACAUAACUGAAUUUUGUUUAGCU